AUGAGAACGCUUUACCUUGGGGAACGAUUCCGCCCAGUUCUCGCAAUACUCAUGCACCUUGGGACUUUCAAACCAAAAAUUGAUCUGAAAAAUGCCUCGGCUUCACGUUGGCGUUUAACAUCGCAGAACUACAAACCAAUAAUGACUGAUGAGAACGCUUUACCUUGGGGAACGAUUCCGCCCAGUUCUCGCAAUACUCAUGCACCUUGGGACUUUCAAACCCAAAAAUUGAUCACCACAGGGGAAAGACAAAUUUAUAGUUGGGCGGUAUGUGAAAUUGAUCUUCGUCAGAAAAUGUCAGGUUUAACGGAUUCGUUGCAAAUACAUACUUUCAUUCAGGACUGGCCGGAUGGACAGUACGAAAUGUUUUUAGACAACGGUGAGGGAUGCUUUCAGAAUACUAUAACAGCUUCUUUGGGACAAUGCUUGUUUCAUACCAAAGCUAAACAGCAGUCAAAUCCGUAUGCAAAUGAGAGUAUUUAUCGAUCUAUGAAUGCAUUUGUUAUUAGCGUUUGUGUAACCGAAUACACACAUUUGCAACUCGACAUAGUUUUCACUGCAGACUCAACUAAAUGUCUCGUUUAUGAUAUUCUUCAACUGAAUGGGGUCCACAAAAGCUUUAUCAUGUUUCAGUUGACACGAAGACUGAUGUCGGAACAUGCACUCAUUUUCAUAUCAAUUCGGUUUUCACCAGAAACUCAGCUUAAUAUUUCACUGAUGAUGUUCUUCAACUGA